AUGGCAGAAGACGAGUACGACUUUCUCUUCAAAUUGGCGCUUAUCGGAGACUCUGGCGUUGGCAAAUUCAACCUCUUAGGCCGAUUCACACAAAACGAAUUCAAGCCCGACUCCAAGACAACCAUCGGCGUCGAAUUUGCAACACGCUCUAUGCAAGUUGAUUCUGUGAAAAUUAAAGCUCAGAUUUGGGAUACCGCUGGGCAGGAACGCUAUCGGGCAAUUACGAAUGCUUACUAUCGCGGUGGUGUUGGUGCGCUCCUCGUUUACGAUAUCAGCAAGCGGCAGAUAUAUAAGAAUGUUGGCCGGUGGUUGCAAGAUCUCCGGGACGGUUCGAGCUCCAACAUUGUUACCAUGCUAGUGGGCGACAAAAUUGAUUUGGGUCAUCUGAGGGCUGUAUCGACUGAGGAGGCCAAGAGAUUUGCCAGCGAGAAUAACCUGUCCUUUAUUGAGACCUCAGCGUUAGACCCCAGUAAUGUGGAUGUCGCCUUUCAUGAGCUUCUUACUGGUAGGGACUUGCUUGCAACCCUUGUGUAG